AUGGAAGCAGUGAAGGUCCAAUGUCACACAAAUGCCGUAAAUUCUACUAAUUCUACAAAUUCUAGCAUUUCUACAAAUUCUAUCAAUUCUAUUGAUUUUAUUGGAACGCAUAUAUCAAAUCAGACAUAG